AGAGAGAGGAAAAAUAAUGGCAGAGGAAAGGAGACGCAAAUAGAGAGAAGAAUUAGCCAGAAACAGGGAGCUUUGGUUUCCUUCUGGUGAGAGUAAAAAUAAUUUUUAUUUAUUUAUUAUUUUUUAAAAGGAGGAGUGAAUGCUGCACAGUGAGAUUAAAAAGAAAAGAAAAGGAAAAAAUAAAAAAUAUAAGGACCUGUUUCUAUGAAAGGAAAGAGUGUUUUCUCUCUGUAAAGAAGUAAUUGUCAGUCACAUUCAGUCUUUGCUUCCUCAUUUUAUAUCACGAGAUCCUCAUCGGCCAUCUCCUCUUUCUCUCUCUCUCUCUCUCACGCACAACAACUCCAUGUCUCUUUAGAACAACCUCUUCUUCUGUUUUCUUUCUUACAUUCAUUUUAUCUUGGUUCAUGUUUCAAUUGUAGCACACGUUACCUGAAUUAUUCUUUACUUUGUUUCAACUUUUUUCUCACCAAAACAACACAAGAAUGUCACCCAACUCUAAAUUACCCUCUCAAGAAUCCAUUAAUGAUUCCUUCGCCAACCGAUUCCGUGACUGCACCUGUAACAACACCAAGAAGCUGGAUUUCAAAGAACUCGAUCUAGGUUCUCCAGUUUCAACAUUAACAAUUCGGCCAUCUAUCAAUAAUGCUGGUACCACUACCACCACCCCUUCAACCAGCAGCUCAAGUUCCUCCGGUUCUGUUUCCAGCACCAAAACUAUUGCCAGCUCUACCAAAUUGCGUAAAAAGCCUGAAAAUGGCUCACGCAACCACUCCGGCGAGCUCUCCGGCUUGUCGGAGACUAGCCCAGCUAAACAUAAUACUUUCCGUUCCAGCAAUUCGCAUCCGGGUCAUCGAAGAUCCGUCUCGGCUGGAGUCCCAUUGAUCUAUUCUGGUUCAAGUUUUGGGUUUACUGCUAGCAAUGGAGCGUCCUCGGUUUCCACAAGCUCGGGCUCAAAUUUGCUUCCCAGUGGCAACAUUUGUCCUUCAGGCAAAAUCUUGAAAACUGGGCUAACGUGUCGCGUGGCAAACAAGACAGACACCCUUGGUACGGGAACGGCAAAUUAUGGACACGGCAGCAUUAUGCGUGGCGGAAGUGGUGGUGGUGCUACGAAAUUGGGAAGUGGAGGAGGUAGUGGUGCUUGUAGUGAUCCAGAGGAGUUGAAGAAGGCAGGUAAUGAGAUGUAUAGAAGAGGGAAUUUUGUGGAAGCUCUGGGUUUGUAUGAUAAAGCAAUAUUGUUGGCACCGGAGAAUGCGCCGUACCGGAGUAAUAGGGCGGCGGCUCUGACGGCAAUAGGGAGGUUGGGCGAGGCAGUGAGAGAUUGUAAAGAAGCUGUGAGACUGGACCCUGGUUAUGCCAGGGCUCAUCAGAGGUUGGCCUCUCUUUACCUUAGGUUAGGACAAGUUGAAAAUGCUCGGCAGCACUUAUGUUUUCAUGGGCAACAACCAGCUCCAACAGAGUUGCAGAAGUUGCAGUCAUUGGAGAAGCAUAUAAAACGUUGUGUAGACGCCCGGAAGAUUGGUGAUUGGAAGGGUGCCCUUAGGGAAACUGAUGCAGCCUUAACAAUUGGAGCGGACUCUUCUCCUCAGCUUAUUGCUUGUAAAGCAGAAGCCUUCUUGAAACUUCAUCAACUUGAAGAUGCAGAUUCAAUCAUAUCGAACAUUCCCAAGUUUGAAUAUUGUCCCCCACAAACAAAGUUCUUUGGUAUGGCUGCUGAAGCUUAUGUGCUUUAUGUCCAAGCCCAGAUUGAGAUGGCACUGGGAAGAUUUGACAAUGCAGUUUCAGUGGCUGAGAAGGCUGGUCUGAUUGAUUAUGGUAAUGCAGAGAUAGCUAUGGUGUUAACUAAUGUGAAAAUGGCGGCAAGAGCUCGAAACCGUGGUAAUGAUCUUUUCAGUUCUGGAAAAUAUUCUGAAGCGAGCUCAGCUUAUGGAGAAGGCCUCAAAUAUGAUGCUUCCAACCCUGUUCUUUACUGCAAUCGAGCAGUUUGUUGGUCUAAACUUGGAAUGUGGGAAGAAUCUGUAGAGGACUGCAAUCAAGCACUUAGGAUACAACCAAACUACACCAAGGCCUUAUUUAGAAGGGCUGCCUCAAAUGGAAAGCUUGGACGAUGGGCAGAAGCUGUGAAAGAUUACGAGGUCUUGAGAAAGGAAUUACCAGGGGACAAUGAGGUUCUGGAAUCUCUACGUCGAGCACAGAUCACAUUAAAGAAAUCUGUUGGAGAAGUUAAUAAUACGAAAUUUGGUGAAGUAGAAGACAUAUCCAGUCUUGCCAAGUUUAAAGCUGCAAUAUCAUCACCUGGUGUUAAGAUGGUUCAUUUUAAAGCAGCAUCUGAUGAACAAUCUGAAGAUAUAUCCCCAUUCAUAAAUAUGCUAUGUGUUCGGUAUCCAUCAAUUCAUUUUUUUAAGGUGGAUGUGGAAGAGAGCUUAGCUGUAGCAAAAGCUGAGAGCAUAAGAACUGUUCCAACAUUUAAGAUUUAUAAGAAUGGAGACAAGGUGAAGGAGAUAAUCCGUCCGAGCUAUCAGUUCCUAGAGGAUUGGGUGAGGAGUUACAGCCUAUAGAUAAGAGUAUAUUGUUAAUCACAUGUUCUCUUUCUGUGUUUGCUAUUAUUUUAUUUUAAUUCAUUCAUCUGGAAGAACCAAUGUUUUUCUCUUUGCUCCGUGAUUCAUAUUAGUAGUGAUCAGUUCUACCUAUGAUAUGAUAUAAUCAACUACAUAAUUGUUUCAUAGAAUUGUAUGACAGUGAAAACCAUUAGAUUGGAUAGAUUUGUAGAACCCUCAUUUUGUCCGGGAGGCUUUUUAAUGGAGAUGCCAAAUCUUUAUUAUUAUUAUUA